GGAGCCAUCCCCGGGCCUGGACGGGUGCCUGGCCGGGUCAGCCCCAGACGCGUUAUCGUAAGCAUGGCUGUGUGGGUCUUUGGGGGCCGCCUCGCCCUGCGCGGGCGUCUCGGCGCCUGCAGGCUGCUGUGUCCCCGUUUUCAGAGUUGCGACCCUCAGGGCGGGGAAGACGGGGACAGGCCCCAGCCAUCCUCGAAGGCAGCCAGGAUCCCCAAGAUUUACACCAAGACAGGAGACAAAGGGUUUUCCAGUACCUUCACAGGAGAGAGGAGACCUAAAGACGACCAAGUGUUUGAAGCCGUGGGGACCACGGAUGAGUUAAGCUCUGCUAUUGGCUUUGCCAUGGAGUUGGUCACAGAAAAAGGCCACACAUUUGCUGAAGAACUUCAGAAAAUUCAGUGCACUCUGCAGGACGUCGGCUCCGCCCUGGCCACUCCACGUUCCUCAGCCAGAGAGGCUCACUUAAAGCACACGGCCUUCCAGGAAGGGCCUAUCCUGGAGCUGGAACAGUGGAUUGACAAGUACUCCAGCCAGCUUCCCCCGCUCACUGCUUUCAUUCUGCCUUCUGGAGGCAAGAGCAGCUCUGCCCUGCACUUCUGCCGGGCUGUAUGCCGCCGAGCCGAGCGACGCGUGGUCCCUCUUGUCCAGAUGGGAGAAACAGAUGCAAACGUGGCAAAGUUCUUAAACAGACUCAGCGAUUACCUCUUCACUGUGGCCAGAUACGCAGCCAUGAAGGAGGGCAGCCAAGAGAAGAUAUACAAGAAGCGUGAAGUGUGAGACAUGAAGACGUGGCGGCCGAGUGGUCAGCUCCAGACAGUCACGCUGAGCGGACGUGGGCAUUAACUACAAACUCAGCAUCACCUCAUGCCCACCCCCCAGGGACCUCUGAGACCCCUGGCUUCUCCUUGCUGUGUCGAACACACAUCAGCGAGUUCCAAACUCCAGGAAGGCAAGGCACACUGGAAGCUACGAAGGGGACGGGCCACUCGGAAUUGAGAAUGAACAUGGGGAAAUUUUGAACUGUGCAAGUGGGCUCUGUGUGUGUGUGUGUGAGAGAGAGAGAGAGAGAGAGAGAGAGAGAGAGAGAGAGAGAGAGAGAGAGAGAGAGCGCACUGCCAACUUAGGCUGUUCAAGGACUUGGAAUGUACCAGAGGCCCCUGGAAAUGUAAUUGUGAUUUACCUGCGCCAACGGGGCUUUAAAUGUCACAUUUAUAAAGGGAAGUCAGGCUUGAGGAGUUUAGUCACCUCUGAGCCGCCCAUCACUGCCACAGUGUCGGGGAAAGACAGCUGCAGGUCCACAGGGGUGCAACUCGGAGAAUCCUCUCCAUCAGGGCAGGAGGCAGGCGGCCCUCGCUGCCCCGGGCAGUGGCAGAAAUGCGGUCUUCAGCCUGACACGAGCUCUCUGAUGUCCCUCGGCUGGUCUAUGCUUCCGUGAGCCACUGCCUCAUCUUCCUGUGAGGUGACAUCACAGUGACACCUGUGCCCUUGGGAAGGGGGAUAUCUAUGAAAAGCUGGAGGCAGUGAUUUAGGAAGGGCAGGUCUGAGACACCUGGGGACUCAGCUCAGCGAUCGCCUCUUCCUUUGCGCCCGCUUGGCACGCCUUCCGGGCUAGGUGUGGGUGGACUGGCCCCUCUAGCUGUCUUGGUCAAUCAGCGAGCCUUUGAUUUCAGCUGUGUGUCUUCUGGGUCCUAUGAAGGGUAGAUGCCCUACAGGGAGGCUGUCCUGCCCAAUGCCAUUGCAGACACCGUAGGGAGACACGGAUUGGGUAUAGAGCUGGUGCUUUGUGCGAGACCAGAGGCAGGAGGCACAGACUCAGGGAGAGUAAGCAUCGUGCUGUUGAUCGGGCCUGGCCAGGGAAGCCAUGUUCCAAGAGCUUGCAGCAGCCCCGCCACUCUGCCUACAGCUCCAGGUCUUCCUAAAAAAAUAAAGUGUGAACUCAAAAGAAUAGGAAGCCAUGCUCCUAGCCUAUGCCCGGCUGCUUUCAACACCUAAGUCAAGGUGUUGACUGGCACUUGAAAGAUGGAUCCCCACCUUCAGGCUCCAGGCAUUGCCUAGCCUUGUGUACAGCACCCACGGUCCUCAUAGGGUGAUUCCCACGGCACGCUAACAAGCUGCGAAACCUUUAAAUGUACCAUUUAUCAUUGACCUCUCUCUCUCUGUCUGUCUCUGUGUCUGUCUGUCUCUGUGUCUGUCUGUCUCUGUUUCUGUCUCUCUCUCUCUCUUUAUAAUUCAACCCUUGAAAACAUUGCAGGAAGGCAUUCUCUCUUGUGAAAUUUUGUAGAAAGUGCUUUUAUUGAGAUACAAUCCACCCACCCUAAGAUUCCUCCUUUUAAAAUGGACAUUUCAGUGGGUUUUAGGGUAUUGCCUAGUUUUUUGCUGUCCCACACCUCACACCCAAGAAGAUGCCCCCUAGUUGUGUCUCAUCAGAACAGUGUUCACCAGCAUUCUCAGAGGUGAAUGAACCCUCGACAUGAUACCAAACGGCCCCAAGAAGCACUCACACAGGACCUCACCUGAGCCUCACAGUACUGGGGGCAGGGAGUUCAUGUUUCUACAGGAAGGGAAACUGAGGCUCAGCACUGACCUAGGCUGUGGCCACAUGAUGCCACCUCCCCCCCCCCAGCCCAGUGGCACUUGACAGUCGUUUUAAUCACAACCUGGGCUGCGGCAGGCGAUGCCAGGCACUAACAGAUUGCUGGUGCAUUUUGCAGCCGAGUCUCCCUUAACUGAUGCUUCACGGCUAUUGUUAAUGUGCGUUUCUCAUGGAGUAAUUUUCAGAGCCUGAACUUGUAACACAUCCCAAUGAUAAACGUCCCCAGUUCCAAGCCCCCUGUCAGCUGCAAUGUCACCCUCACCUCCUCCCCAGCGCCUCCCGACAGCCCAGCCAGUUUUAUGAUCGCUCUGUCCCAGUGAUCACGGCUGAACCUUUAAGAAUCCGGACGCAUUUCAAGUUUAAUUGAAUAAAAUUCUUUGUAUA